UUUGUAAAAUGGCGACGUGGCAGAGAUGAAGGUUUAAAUAUAGCGUCACUUUUCAGCGCUUAYACACUUAAUUCCUUCAUUCUACCGCUAAUAUCUUAUAGUCAAUGCAAAGAUGGGUCUUUGUAAAUGCUCCAAGAAAAAAGUUACCAACCAAUUCUGCUUUGAACAUCGUGUAAACGUGUGUGAAUUUUGUCUUGUGUCAAGUCAUUCUCGGUGUAUAGUCAAAUCCUAUAUCCACUGGCUUCAAGACAGUGAAUACAACCCAGUAUGUACUCUAUGUAAUGGCAGUCUAGAAGAGGGUGAUGUAGUGCGUCUGGUUUGCUAUGAUGUCUUUCACUUGGCUUGUAUCAACAAGUUUUGUCAAAGUCUUCCCCCAAAUACUGCUCCUGCUGGAUAUACCUGCCCUAACUGCAAGCACCCUAUAUUCCCUCCUGAGAACAUGGUAUCUCCUGUGGUUGAUCAAUUAAGGCAAAAGCUUUCUAACAUAGCAUGGGCAAGAGCAGGCCUUGGGCUGCCUGUGAUUCCAACUCAAGCACCAGAACAAAGCAAAACUCUACAAGAAACCCAGCACAGAGAAGUUUCAGCAUCUUAUAAUGACGAAGUCAAACCAAACUCUUACUACACUACACCAACCUCCUCAAGAGUAGAACAAAGACCACAAAGAGACCAUAUUGUACAAAUGAGCCAACAGACUGUAACUCCACUACAAGCUACUCACACUCAACAGGGACAUAUCCGCAAUGAAGGAACAGUUUCUCGAAAGACAUUUGACAAACAUCAUGAGGAUCUGCAACAGCCCUCUUAUGACCACGAUGAAAAUAAAUAUCAAAGGCGAGGAGCAAUUGACUGGUUUACAAGAUGGUUCAGAACAAGAGUCAACAAACCCACAAGUUCUCCUAUAGAUGACCCCAGUGCAUCAUUAAAACGAACGAUGAUGAUCUUCUUCCUGGUAAUCCUGGCUUUCGUUACGAUAGUAGUCAUCAUGACUCGAGUUGGCCGAAGYGCGGCCGAUAGAGACCCUUUCCUAGACCCAAUGGCCAACCCUCACAUCAAAGUACAAGGAAGUCAAUCAUAAUAUGCCAUCAAUGAAUCAUAUAGAGAGGGACAUAUGGUAUGCCCUCCAGUCCCUUGGAUCUAGGAUUUCGAGUCUUAAGACUCAACCCCAGCAAUAUUACAUGCUAUAUGUGCCAAAGGCCCCAAUUUUUUUUGUCUCCUGAAAUAUUUUURAGCAAACGUACCCAGGGAUGGUAUUUGAAAUGUCUCCACGGCAUCCCUGGACAGGAAGGAGAGAGGGAGUGUUAACAUCCCUAGAGUAUUAUACUACUGURCUACCGUGUUGGUGGAAUUUACUGUACUCUUUAAAAAAGUGAGGUAAACUCGAUUUUUAGAAGUGUUGCAAUUCAAAUACUUGUUGCAAUAAAUUUUCAUGCAAACGCGACCUGAGAAUAGAAAUUUCGGAAAUGAAAGAGACGCAAACGAGCAAGAACAGAAAAAUAAAAAAAACUCAACACGCGACAAAACCACGUGAGGAGACUACACAUCAAAUGUAUGAAAAUAAGUAGAAUCAGUAGUUUAUGGUUCCAACUCCAAAUUGUCACCGCAGUUUUUCCUAGUUAACUAAUAAUAUUGUCUCGCAAAUAGAUAAAAGGUACCUGCUUUCAAGUACAAAGACUUUGUGUUUUCUCAGGAUCGAUAUACCUGGACCUUUCUCAAAAUUAUGUUGAAUGGAAUGCUAACAAAAACAUUUAAAAACUCCACACGCACUACCACUACAUUCUAUAUUCACAGCAUACAACACGACUCACAUGUUGAUUUUUACGAAGGGAGGAGAGAAAAGAAGUCACACUUUUUCUCGAAAUUUGUGUCAUUUCUUUUGUAUUUUUAUGUUAGCCUCGUAUUCCAUAUAACUUUGAGAUGGGUUACCUUUAGAAGUAAUAUUUUCCCAUUUCGUACACUGUGACAUUCCCCAGAGUAUCAUUUCUUUGUUUAACGUUUGCGCAUGACAAAGCAUGAAUAUGGAUACAACGCUGAUAAAGAAUCUUACUCUCAAGAGAAUAACAUGAGGUGUGAAAUGGGAUAAUAUCGUACGUGGUGAUUUUUGAGCUGGCAGUAACAAAUUGGAUGUCGGAACCAUGAGCUAUGGACUUCUGUCGUUUUUAAGUAGCUAUUCCUUUUAAAGAAUCAACAUUCAGGAAUAUUGAUAAUAACAAUUAGUAACUAGAUAAACAAUUACAAAUUAAAACGAUAAUAAAUAUUAUUUGGAUUUUUUA